CAGAUUUUAAUUUUACCCUUAUACAAAAACUUAGUUAAUUUAAAAGAACUGUAAGUUAAUUUGUAUUACUUAUCAUGGAUCAGCUUCCAGUCGAGUUGCUUCUUAAAAUAGUGAAGCAAUUAAAUAUCUAUGAUAUUGUACAAUUUUGUGCUGUGUUCAAAAAUUUUAAGUUCUUAUUAAGGGAAAAGUGUAUAACAAGUUCCUUAAAUUGGAGUCGAAACUUUGAAAUUCACAACAUGGAUUUGUGUAGAUUCAUUAAAACUGAAAUUAAUCUCGAUAACGUUAUUUCUUUGAAUAUUAAUGGCUUAUAUUGGAUACCUAAGAAGGAUUUGGAAAGUUUAAUAAGGAAGCUGCCUAAUUUAAAUGAGCUAUAUGCUGUUGAUACUAAAUUAAUGUUUUGUCCUAAAGAUACAUUCUAUUACAAAUUGAAGAAGUUGGCCAUUAAUUCAAGCAAGCAUAUAGAAGAAUUGGUGCCAGAUUACUAUUUCAAUUCACUUAAAUAUCUGCAGUUAUUGUUACUACCGUCAGUAAGACAGAUGAUGAAGUCAACUGGGGGAAGUGUUCUUGAGCAAUUUCCAAAUAUUGAUGAAUUAUGGAUACUAGAAAGAUCUGGUAUGUUACUAGAUGGUGUUAUUGAAGAUUUACUAUUUAACUUUCAUGUUAAUAAGAAAUUAAAUUUAAAUAAAAUAGUGCUACAAAAUUAUCAGCCUUUUGGAGAUUCACGUGAUUUAAGGAAGGGCCUAUCUGAAACUUUCUAUUCAAAUAAUUUCCAAAUCGGAUUCCAGUUAAUAUUGGAACGCUUGCCACCUCUUGAAACUAAACAAAAGUCGAUAUUUGAACCGGAAGAGACUGAAUUUGAAGAAGCUUGGUUUUGGCUCCAAAGAGGCGGGUUUUUGUUCUGCGGUCCUAGAGAUUCUAAAUUUCUUUCCACAGGCCAGACGGUGAAGCAAAUCAGCUUUGAAGAAUUACAUUUUAUAUCAUGCGCCUCUCUAAAACUAAACUCACAUUUAAACCAGGAACAUUAUAUUAAAGCCGCCCUUACAAUUUUGAAUAGCGAAAACUGCAAAUAUCUCAAAAAAUUAAGAAUAAACUCAUGUUUAUUUCAAGACUUGAGGCAAUCAGAACGAGCUAGCACAGAACCAGUGCCCUUUAAAAAACCAAGAAUCGGAGUUCAAAGUGUUUGCCUAAAUCACCCAUUUCAAGAAACAGCCAAGAAUCUAAGUAACUUAGAAGAAUUAGAAAUUGUUUCCUGUACAUAUGGUUCUAAAACUAUUAUCGGUUCUGUUCUAUGCGGAUAUAAUUGCAUCGAGGAAUUUAGGAAUUUAAAAAAACUCCAAGUUGAAAUACCACAUGUGAUAGACGGAUCUUUUCUAAUAAAUGUAUUCAAAGUGUGUCAAAAUUUAAAUUUUCUGGAUUUGACGCUGUAUAAUUAUCGUCCGGGCUUCAAUGCGUUUAUGAAAAAUUUUUAUAAUAAUUUGGAAUUUGCUACAAAUUUAAAGGAUUUAAGGUUGUCGUGCGGUUAUAUUGACUUAGAGAAAUUAUUUAGUAACUUGAACAAACUAAAAUUGCAUAGGUUAGUACUAAGUGGUAAUAUUUCUUCUGGUAUUCUUCCAGAAAAUGUAUUUCCUUCCUUUUUACUAGCCCAACCUAGACUGGUUUUAUUUAUAUUAGUCGCAGACAAUAUUUCACACACUGUUACAUCUAAAAUUAACAACUUGAUCAGAAAAUGUACUAACAAAAAUCCUGCCAAAGUUUUCUCUUGUGUCAAACACCUAUCUAAAAUAGAUUGGGAAAACGUACUCAUACAGGCAUCAAAUAAAAUUCCAAUUGUUCAUAGCGACUUUGUUCAUCGACGUACCCGAGUUGCUGUGAUUGAUUUCGAUACAUUCUAAUUGCAGAUAAGUUUAAUUAUUUUUCUGCUGGUUUAAUU